ACUUCGAAUUAGGGUUUAUUCUGCUCUCAAAUCUCAACUAAAUCCUUGUAAAAAUGGCGAGUUUUUCUGAUCAGCUCCAGGAAAUCAAAACCCUAAUUUCCUCGAACGCUAAAUCAUACAAGUCAUUCGCUUACUCAACUCUUCUACAGCUCCAAGAGCAAUGCAGCAGUGACACUUGUUCAAUUCAAAGCCUAGCUCAAGAAUCCCAGUCAGUUCUCUCUCAGAUCAUCGUAGAUAUUGCUGACGAUGACGAAGAAAUUGCUUCACAGGCUUUGAAAUGCUUGGGAUUUAUGAUCUACCAUCCAUCCCUUGUAGUUGCGAUUCCGGUGGAAGAUGCUAAUUUUAUUGUGCAGUCUUUGGCUGAACUCAUUGUUACAACCAAAAUGAAGACUGUUUGUAAUUUAGGAGUGUGGUGCAUAUCUAUCCAACAGUUCAGUGCAUCAUUUCUAGCCACCCACUUCCAUUGUUUGUUAAGGGCAAUUGUUCAUGCCCUUGACAAUCCUAUUGGUUCUCUGUCAACAACAUAUGAAGCUAUUCAGGCUGUGAUGAAGUUGGUGACUGAAUUACGUGAGAAGAUGAUAAACACAUCAAAUAUAUGGGCUCCAUCAAUAUAUAGAAGACUUGUCAGUGUUGAUAAGAGGGAGAGGGAUAUGUCAGAAAGGUGUCUGCUGAAGAUUAAGUCUGCAAUAUUGCCUCCUUCAUUAACUCUUUCCAAGGCACUUGUUAUAGAUAUGACGCAAAAAUUGCUUCCUGGGAUGAAGGAAAUGCUAAACCUUGGUAUGAAAGUUCAAACUAUGCAAGCCUGGGGAUGGUUUAUCCGCUUAUUAGGAUCGCAUGCUAUGAAGAAGAGGCAUUUGGUUAAUGAAAUGCUGAAAAUUCCUGAGUUGACAUUUUCUGAUCAUGAUCCACAAGUCCAGAUUGCUUCACAGGUUGCCUGGGAAGGUUUGAUUGAUGCUCUUAUUCACCCUCCACUACAAGCUUGUGAGACAAAUAAAACAGCCCAGGAGAAUGGUGUUCAGAAAUCGGGAACAUCUACAAGGAAUAAUUCUGAAAUCCAAACAUAUGGAUUCUCAAAAAGUGUAAAGCUUAUAAUGACACCCUUAAUAGGAAUCAUGUUGAGUAAAUGUGAUAUAUCUGUUCGUUCUUCCUGCUUGAACACAUGGUGUUAUCUGCUGCAUAAACUUGAUAUCUCUGUCAAUGAUCCUUUGGUGGUUGAAACAGUUUUGGCCCCUAUCCUUGAAGCAGUGUUUCAAACUGGACUUGAUAGUAGGAGCAUCUGGUUAUGGAAUCUCUGUGUUGAUCUGUUUGAUGAUUUUGUAUUAGCAAAGAGUAGAGGUGUGGAUUGUGACUUGAAUCACCAAGUAAGUGAUUUAUCAGCAACAACUUCUAUUCUUGGGCUUCCAAUACCUGGAAAAUGCUCCUGGAAACACUACCCCAUUAAAUGGUUAUCAUGGGAUCUUAGCAAGUUGGACUUCCAUAUAAAGAUGAUUUGUACUCUCAUCAACCAAGGGUCCAAGUUAGCCGUUCUCCCUGAAAACAGGAUUUUAGCAUGUGAGGCUGCCAUAAGAAUUUUUAGAUCUGUUUUAAAAGGAGUUCAAAUCGAGAUGAAAAAUCCAUCCAUUGAUUAUAAUCAGAUCUUGUUGUGCUUGAAUACAAUAUUAAGGUUCACAAAGAAAAUAUCUGAAGAUGUAGGAUUGGCAGAUACUGGCAUUGUGGAAUUGCAUUAUACUUUUCUACAGUUUGUAGAAGCUGUCACUACAGAGUUAGAACCUUCUAUAUUAGGAUCCCCUCUUUAUAAAGUGGCAUUUGACAUCAAAUACAUUGACAGACCGCUAUCAGUUUAUGACAUUAACUAUGCAGAAGUUCUAGGUAUCAGAUCUAUUGCAUAUAUGGAUAUGGUUUCACCAGUUGUUUAUUUGACCAUGCUGUAUGUCUACAUUGCAGUUCAUGCUACUUUUGAUGCACCUAAAAUGGAGUUCAUCCUACUGGGAGUGCAGAAACAUUUUAAGUUUUUAAUGUCUUUGUAUGAUCCUCUUGAAAAUCUUUGUGCCACUAUUGUUUUGUUGUACAAACACAUGAGAGUCAGCUGCUUGAAUAUAUGGGUAGCAAUUGCACAGGGUCUGGAAGACUACAUAAAAGAUGUAAAGGACCUUUCUCCAUUGAAAACAGAGUUGGACAGCUAUGGUUGUUUAGCAGUUUGUCAUCUCUUGUCCUACCCAUUUGUUUUGCGCUCUUGUCUCCCAAAACAAUCAAGCCUGACUAAGAUUAGUGGCUCCUCACAGAGAAAGCUUGAGCUUGAACAUGUUACUGAAGUCUGGAAGUCACUUUAUGGUUUUGUUAAUUCUGCCUCUCGGUUUGAGUGCUCCAAUACAAACAUUUUUUCUGAGGAUCUAUGUUCAAUGCUAAGUAGGUGCCUUGAUGAAAAUAGCAGCAAGCUUGACUAUGAUACUGAACUUGAUCCAAGUGAUAAGAAACAGUACCUUGAUCUCCUCUCCCUUUGUGGUGAUAUUGUGAUAUAUAUUUUGGAACAUACCCUGACUUUGAGAGUAAAUUCAGAAGGAACCAAAAAUAAAGAUGAUGAUUGCAGUAUGAGUUCCAGUGGCAUCAACAGUAGCUUGGGACUUAUUGCCAGAUUUAUGAGGAUACCAUGUACAAUUAUGGGAACAGAUGCACCAAUUUGUCUUGCUAUGACCUCAAGGGUUUUUAAUGCGUUGGUGAGAUUUGUGGGCCAUCUUCACUUGAAACAAAAUAUCCUUUCAUAUAUUGAGAUAAUGUCCAGUUCACUGCUUCAAUGGUUGUCACAUGUAGAAAAAUGGGAUGAAAGCACCAUUCAUAAGCUUGGACUAUUGUGGACUAAGACCCUUAAUUGCUUGCAGAGGAGUCAGCCACCAAUAAUCUUUGAUUCCUCCUUCCUCAAACUCCAAGCACCCCUCCUUGAAAAAACUCUUGACCACUCAAAUCCCUCUAUUUCAGAUUCUACCAUCGCAUUCUGGAAUUCCACAUAUGGCGAGCAGAUUCAGUUGGAUUACCCUCAGAGCUUAUGCCAUGUCCUAGACAAGCUCGCAAGAAGCGGAAGAAUAAACCUCUGCAAGAGAACCCCUUCAUUUCUACAAAAAUGUAAUUCCAGAGUAGAAGUUGCCGCUCCACAAAGAUACAAGGUGACUGCAACAAAGAACAGGAGCUCAAAAAGAGUAGAAUUAGUGGAAGCUACAGUUAAUGAUUCAGGGGACAAGGAUAAACCAUCUCCAAGUUUGAAAAGAAAAAGGUUAGAACUGACUGAGCAUCAAAAGGAAGUGAGACGAGCACAGCAAGGAAGGGAGAGGGACACCAAUGGACAUGGUCCUGGGAUCCGAACUUACACAAGCGUCGAUUUUUCUCAAGGGAAUGAGGAGUCACAAGAGAGCCAAGAAAUCCGGAAUCCAGAAUCCAUCUUUGAGAAGCUGAGAAGAGCCAGUUAACCAUUUUGAGCUUUAAGCUCAGUUUGGCAGAACAGUAGACUUAUUGAAUGCUACACCAAACUUGUCCACAGUAAUCUUUCCCACAUUUGUUAAUUUUAUGCUUGUGUAUCAUAAUGUAAUGUAUACUUUUAGUUAUUGAGGUCCUACAUUGAACAAGUUUUGAGUUUGGUAUAAUCAGUCUGGAGUUCCCUUGGGGGGAAUUUCAGUUAGAUGUCAGGUUGGGCUGGGUCUGAAUAAGAGCUGUGGACAGGCCAAUUCAACUCAGACCCACCAUAAAUCUAAAUAGGUUGUUGUUUGAUUCAUAUUUUCUGUAAUUGAUUAUAUUUAUAUAUUUA